CAAUGUUUUAAGAGCUUUACCUGUACCAGGUUAUUGUAAGAGGUUAUGUUCACAUGAGUUUUCUGAUACCUCUAAUUUUCCUUUUAUCAGUAUAAAUGAUAGAAAGAAACCUCUCAAAAGUGAAUCUUAUGAAUGCGACUCUAAGCUUAGCCAUUCAAAGUAAAUAUGAACACUUGAUAAAUGAAUUAGAAACAUCAUCAGAUACAACGAGUGUUGGUCUUGUUAUCAGGGCUAUCUAUGAUGGCGACGAUCCUCAGAAGUUCAUGGAAACACUGGAAACCCGGAUAAAAACUCAUAACAAAGACAUUGAGCGUAUGUGUAAUUUCCAUUACCAGGGGUUCAUUGACUCAAUAAGGGAAUUACUACAAGUGCGAACUCAAGCUAAUAAAUUGAAUAGUGAAGUGGUUGAAAUUGAUGAAUCUCUGCAGGCGUGUGCUGCCCGACUCAUGUUGAAAGGCGAUGAACUGGUCCAAGCGAGGAAAGUGGAGAACAACAUUGCUUCGGCCAUUGAAAGUCUGUCACUUUGUCUACCAGUACUGAAAACUUAUGCUAAACUCCAAAAACAGAUGCAUGAUAAAAGGUAUUAUCCUGCUCUGAAAACGUUGGAGCAACUUGAACAUCUCUACCUACCGCGGGUCGCCAAUUACAGAUUUUCUGUCCAGAUGAAGGAAAAUAUUCCAAAGUUACGUGAAAAUAUCAAAGAAGCAUCAAUGUCUGAUCUCAAAGACUUCUUGGAGAACAUACGGAAGUUUUCACCGAAAAUUGGGGAGGUCGCUAUGAAGCAUACUGCCGAACAAUUAGGGAAUGACCCUGGUAUUCUUGUUGGAAAAAGAAAGAAGAAAGCCAAAGCUCCACCUCCUCCAAACCCAUUCUCUGGUGAAAUAAUUCGCCCUGAACCAGAUAUUGACGCCGAAGAGGAUCUGAGUGCCCAGGAUAUGAUCGACUUUUCGCCCGUCUACCGCUGCCUGCACAUCUACACAGUGCUGGGUUCGCGUGAUGUCUUCGAAACCUACUACCGCAAACAGAGGAAGAAGCAGGCUCGUCUUGUAUUGCAACCUCCUACCAAUAUGCACGAAUCGAUAGAAGGCUAUAGCAGCUAUAUUCAUAGCGUAGUGGGAUUCUUUGUGGUUGAGGAUCAUAUUCUGAACACUGGCAACGGCCUCAUAAACAGAACCUACCUCAACGAAGUGUGGACUAUGGCUUUGUCUCAAAUUGUCAAUGCCCUGCGAACGCAUUCGGCCUAUUGUACAGAUGCAACCCUGAUGUUGAAAAUCAAAAAUUUGAUUAUGCUUUUCAAUACAACUCUACGGAACUAUGGUUACUCGGUCAAUCAAUUAUUCGAGCUUCUGCAUGGAAUACGAGAUCAUUAUAAUGAGGUUCUGAUGCAACGUUGGGUGCAAGUAUUUAGGGAAAUCUUAGAUGGAGAAAGUUUCCUUCCAAUUGAGGUUGAAAAUCAGGAAGAAUACGAUGCAAUUGUAGAUUCAUUUCCAUUCCAAGAUGAAGCACUUGAAGCGGCACCUUUUCCAAAAAAGUUUCCAUUCUCUCAUCUUGUACCAAAAGUGUAUUACCAAGUGAAGGAAUUUAUCUAUGCUUGUCUGAAAUUCUCUGAGGAUCUCAACUUGAGCCAGGGCGAAGUGGACGACAUGAUCCGUAAGUCGACCAACUUGCUGCUGACGCGCACAUUCAGCGGGUGCCUGUCGGCGCUGUUCGCUCGCAGCCUGGCUCUGCUGCAGGUCAUCCAGAUCAUCAUCGACACCGGCUUCCUCGAGGAGGCCACCGUCUACCUCGAGCAGUUCGUCUCCAACAUUACCGGAUCACCACAGGAAGGGCAGUUGGGCGCCCGCGGCCAAGGUCACCUGUUCAGAGUGGCGCGUGACGACGCCGAGCGUCAGAUCUGCGACAAACUGAAGAGCAAGGUGGAUGAGUUCCUGGAGCUGGAGAGCUACGAUUGGCUGCUGAUCGAGCCACGAGGCCACGCCUCCGCCUUCAUCACCGAUCUCAUCGCAUUCCUGCAGAGCACCUUCUCAUCUUUCACCAACCUGCCGGCUGAAGUGGCCCAGGAAGCAUGCAAAUCGGCAUGUGAACAUAUUGCCAAGUCAGUUCUUGCCUUCAUGCUAAGCGACGAUGUAAAACAAAUAUCUAUGGGAGCAUUGCAACAGAUCAACUUGGAUACCAUACAAUGCGAACAAUUCGCCGCUUCAGAGCCAGUUGGGGGAUUGGAAGAAGGUGCACUUCUCCAUUACUUUGUAGCUCUUCGCCAGCUGUUGGACCUGUUGAUGGCUUGGGACUGGCCUACCUACUUCCACGACUAUGGUCACGACAAUUCCAAAUACCAACAGGUCAACCCGAAUACGGCCAUCAUACUUCUUGAAAAGAUCAGAGAAGCAGACAAGAAGACAGUAUUUUCAGUUUUGAAGAAGAGUGAAAGAGAUAAGAAGAAACUUCUUGAAACUGUGCUGAAACAACUGCGACAAUUGGCACAGACUGCUCAGCAACAAUAACUAUCUGCUAGUUAACUACCUACUACUAACCAGUUAACUACUUAGUUAAAAAUGAAAAACAUAUUCAAAUUAUUUCGUUAAAACGUAAGGAAUUGUAGUAUUCAACACCAAAAAUAUAAGGGAAUGAGCCCUUAUAAAUAUUGAAACCAAUGAUUAUUAAUCAUAAUUAAUAAUUGAUCAUUGUGUACAAUAUAGUAACAAAUUACUUGACUUACGACCAUUCAAUUUGAAAAUCUUCUUUCAAUGGGUCUAAAAAUGUUUUGGUCAAGUUGAUGCUGAAUUUCAAAUAACAGAUUAUCAUUAAGUUUUUCAAGCUUUAUUAUUAAUCCAGAGUAGAGGUAAUCAAUCUUACAAUAAUAGAUUUGUGUUGGAUGAAAUCAUUGUUACUAAAGGAGCUUAGUAGAAACUACUAUCUAUCAUAGCUCUGGCGUCUGAGGAAUUGCAUUAAUUUCUUAUCGACAGAAAAAAAUAUUAUGUUUAUACAUUAUUGUAUAUUUGAACCACAAUAUUGAUUAUUAGUAUGAUAUUUUUAAAGCUUUAUGUAGCCUAUUAUUAUUAUUAUAACUUCUAAUAAUACACAAUAUUAUGUUGAGGAUUCAACAGAGUCUAAAUAUUUUUAUUAAGUUUUCCAAUCUAUUUAUUUGUUACUAUUAUUAAAAAGUAUUAUUAAAGUUCUACUCAUCA